UAAUCUCGUGUUCAGGGACGCCCUCUAAUCUCAACUUUUCCUGGCCCCUUCCACUAACAUAUUUGUAAUAUGCCACUCCAGCGAAAUGCCACGCAACAAAAGCUGUCAAGAGAAGUGCCCCAUUUUUAACAUAUUGUGGUACUCUAAAUAUUCGACCCUCAUACCGUUGUCUUUUCAUUCUAAUCACCAAUAUCAUAAACAGUUAUAGACGAAUGACAUUCCCAUGGGACCAUUCCCACUGACAACCGGAAGUUAGCCAAUGUACAUAAAUUUUGAACGAACACCGAAUAGGUGAAUACCGCGGGAAGUCUGAAGAUGAAUCUGGAGAAGCUGACUUUGGAAUCUGCGAGAAAAGACUCGUCGGUACAUUUCUUUCCGUGCGAAAUCAAGUACAACGGAGAAGCUGAAGUUAGUCGGUACUUCGAAACUUCCAUCAAAAAGUGCAAAGAAGAUGAGAAAGAUACUUGCACAGCUGUAUUCCGUGGUCGUCUUUUAAAUGGAAAGAUAGAAAAUGUUCCAAGUGGUUAUACAGGUAUAAUAAUGAAAGAACCAAGACGUCCAUUUUCAGAGGAAGAUGAAAGAAAUGUUACCAUUACACAUAAUUUUGAUAAAUUCCAUUACUGGAAUCUGGACAAAAAGCCAUCAGCAGAUGACCGAUAUUCUCAGAUGCUGGACUGGAUAGAUCUAGCAAAAACUUUACACAGUCCUGUUGGUAUUACAGAUAGCCAAACAAGCAAUGUUAGUAUAUGAUUUGGAAUUAAAAAAAAAGUCUGAACAC